AUGCAUCAAACAGUCCCAAGCCCUGAAAUCUACGGCCCCGGAUCCUUUGUGGAUUCUGACUUUCUCGCUAUUCCAGACGAUGCUCGCCGCAUAUUGAAGCUGGUAGCCCAGGCUACUCCAGGAUUUACCGCGGAUCCAAAAAUCCUAGACCAAGUUAUCUUUGAAGGUGGCGCCGAGCCGAUAGUUCCAGGGCCGAUCAAAGCCCCCGCCGUAGCUGCUGCGUUGCAUGCCAUGUGCGGGAUUGUUGCCAAUGAGCUGCUCGAUGAAAGAGACGGAAGCCAGCCAGACCGUCGUGUGAGCAUUAACACAGACCAUGCUGCCUUUUGGCUAGGCACCGUGGGGUUCGUCAAGUGGAACGGGAUGAGCCUGGUCGAGAUCGCAAAUGCAGGAAAGCUGCAUGAACUAUACAAAACGGAUCUUGAAAAGGGAGCGUUUGGAACCCCGCUUCGCAAGCGUGCUACCGGAAAUUAUCCCACGAAGACACCUGGGGUGUGGUAUCAACUCCAUGGAUCCCUGAAUGCAGAACCGACUCUUCAGGCAAUUGGAAUAGAUCCCGAGACACCAUGCGAGACCUCAAAAGAUGCCUAUGAUCUGAUCAGCAGACACGUCCAAAAGCUCACUGCGGAUGAGCUGGAAAUGACAAAUCUCAAGCUUGGUCUCUGUGGGAACACAUGUUAUUCUCCAGAGGGGUGGCGGGCGACCCAGAUGGGCAAGCAACUCUCCCGCCACCCAUUGAUCAACUACAAUCUCCAGUCCUAUGCCAUCCCAACACCACCAAUAAAGAUUCCAAAUGAAUUCGCCGAUAAGCGUCCACUGGCGGGUAUCAAAGUGGUCGAGCUGGUUCGAGUCAUUGCCGGGCCAGUAGUAGGGACUACUCUAGCAGCCUUUGGAGCAGAUGUCAUUCGUGUGAAUUGCAGCCGCCUACCUGAUUUCAAUGUAAGUCUACAAGUCUUGGCCUCAAGUGUCGGCCGAGCCUGGGAGUACCUAAAAACUAAUCCAUAUGUGGUCCAGUCUCUUCAACUCACCUUAAAUGCAGGGGUUCGAACAAUCGAUAUUGAUCUUACCAAAGAAGAAGACCUUGCAAUCCUGUUCGGUUUCAUCCAGGAUGCCGACGUCUUUGUGCAAGGUUACCGCCCUGGAGUGAUCGCCAGCAAAGGGUUGAGUCUUCCUAAGCUCCUCGAGAUCGCAGGUAAAAGAAAGAAGGGUAUCGUUUAUGUCGAGGAGAAUUGCUAUGGACCAGAUGGCCCAUUCUCUAGCCGACCAGGGUGGCAGCAGACUGGUGAUGCUGCCUCAGGAUGCUCCUAUGUUACAGGACGAUCGAUGGGCCAUACAGACGGUACAAGUGUUCUGCCUUCACUUCCUAUCCCUGACAUGAUGACUGGUCUCAUCGGAGCCCUUGGAGCUUUGAUGGGUCUCCGUGACCGAGCGCGAAAUGGUGGCUCGUAUCAUGUUUUUGCCUCCCUUGCCGCUGCCGCUGCAUAUCCUUUGAGCCCCGAAAUUGGCUUAUACUCACCGGAGGUGGUGCAUAAAGUCGACAAGAAGUUUGAAUGGGAAUCUAUGGACUCAUCCAUGUUUGUGCUAGAGCUUUUGCAGGUCGUUUUGAAUGGAUGGAACAAGGCCUGGCCCAAUUUGUAUUCUCCAGAGUCACCAUUCACGACGAAACUUCAAGGUGACUGGGGUACAUUCGACUUGCUUGGCCCAGUGGUCCAUUUAGCGGAUGACAAGAUUUCACCGAAAUGUUUGACUGCUCCAGUUCCCCAUUGUUACUACGAUGCCAAAACCACCUCAUGGCUCUGA